AUGAGUAACUGCUUGAAGAAUCUGAGGACCACGGACAGCAGCCAAGAUAUAAUGGAUCACAUACAUCAUCUAGGAAUGAUCUCUGGUUUACUGGCAUGUCCUACUCCUGAAUCCGAUAGAUAUCAACCGACAAUACGUCAUGGGUUACCAUCCUUCUUGCAGUGUUUAGCCAAAGGUAAUCACCCGAGCUCACGCCAACCUUCAGCUGCCUCUUGGCCCCUCAAAACAUUCAACAUCAACUUGCUUCUAAAACUCAAAUCAUCCACACCUCUCAACCGGAUCGGAGCCACCCACGGAAUUCGAAAAUUCCACGCAACGCCGAAAAUAACGGAUGAUUUCGUUCGGAGCGGUUGCAUUCGGGAGAACACGCGAGAAAUUACAGCCACAAUUUGA